ACGACCUCUGCUGGCGACGGGCAGCUAUCAGUGUAGCGGCGUAAGCUUGAGUGACCAACGCCAUGACCACACGACGCCAGGCGUCGACGACCUCGCUGUCCAAGUUCGCGCGUGCCGGCUCGCCAGAGCUGAACAACAAGAACCUUGACUUCUGUAAUGCCUUUUGGGGCCUCGGCGAUGGCGGCGUCGAUGUCCUAUUUGCGAGGAUGCGCGGUGCUUCGCGUACGAUGGACGAGUUGAGAAACUUCUGGCGGGAAAGGGCAAGCAUCGAGGAAGACUAUGCGAAGCGCCUCAGCAAACUAGCCAAGGUCAACGUUGGCAAAGAUGAGAUCGGCGAAUUACGCAACUCCUUGGACACCCUCCGCCUUGAAACCGAUAAGCAAGCGUCAUAUCACAUGAAUCUUGCGAAACAAGUCAAGGACGAUCUGGAGGCCCAGACUGCUGCGUUCUGCGCGAAACAAGCGCAUCACAAGAAAACCUUCCAAGCGGCUAUCGAGAAGGAGUUCAAGAACAAGCAAACGCAGGAGUCGUACGUAAACAAAGCGCGAGAGAAGUACGAAUCCGAUUGCUUGCGGAUCAACUCCUAUACCGCGCAGUCGACGCUCGUGCAAGGCAAAGACCUCGAGAAAAUCAACCUGAAGCUGGAGCGAGCGCAACAGACGGUGCAGGCUAAUGAGAGGGACUUCGCCAACUUCGCGAGGGCGCUUGCAGACACGGUUCGGCAGUGGGAGAUAGAUUGGAAGGCUUUCUGUGACAGCUGCCAGGACAUGGAGGAGGAGCGGAUGGAGUUCGUCAAGGAUAACAUGUGGGCGUAUGCAAACGCGAUCUCAACCGUCUGUGUCAACGAUGACGAGUCUUGCGAGCAUAUGCGUCUUUCUCUCGAGCAGUUCGAACCGGAGCGCGACAUGGAAAACUUCGUCCGUGACUAUGGUACAGGCAACGCAAUCCCCGACCCUCCUCAAUUUGUCAACUACACGGCCCAAGAUGCGGUUCCUUCGUCGGCGACGCGUCCUACGACCCAUCCUGCCGUGUUUGCUCGGUCGACCCAACGCACGCGCAGCAUGAUGUCGUCAUUACCCCCAAAUCAACCUGACGAUCCCCCUGCUGUCAAUACUGCGGGAGUGGGAGCUGGCGGUGGCAAAGCGCCAAGCGAUACUGCUCUCACUCGCAGCGACACCACGCGGACACAGCCUUAUGCCAAUGGCACAGGUGCUGGAGCUGGUGCUAGCCCAGCGCCGUAUUCUGAUCUCUCCCGGAAACCAACGAUGUCGUCGCAAGCGCAUCAGUCCGGUAGCCCCUAUAGAAGCAGUCCCGCGGACCCGGACGCGGAGCCCAUCGGUCAUAACAGCGAGACGAUGAUCAAGAUCGGGUCGAACGCGUACAAGGUUGACUUGAACAAGGAUCCGCAGGCUCAGGGGCCGAAUAUGGGCCGGCCUGGGUCAACUCCGUUGCAAAACGGGAAGCCUGGCGUUGGUGACGAAACUGAUCCGCUCGCGAGGCAAAGGGAUAUGCUGCUCAACUCUGCUGGCAGUACCCGGCGUACCCACCAGAGUGGGCAGUCGAAGGAUCUGCAGAGGCGACCGACACGGAAAGGCACGGCAGAUUCUGCUCUUUCUCCCCCGGGUGCAAGUAGCGGCGCUCCAUCUCCUGGGCCGAACAGAGACUAUCGUAACUCGGCUGAGGUCGUAGUCGGCGCGUAUCCUUUGCCAACGUCCCCAUCCCGGUCCACGUCGCCGAACGCAAACCCUCCUUCGGCGGCCUUUAUGCAACCUCCUCGCCAAGCCACGAGCCCUAUCCCAGUCGAGAGUGUCGUCAGCAACUACGAGCAAUCACUCCCUGGCGAACGCAAGUCAGUCAACCGGUCGGACAGUCGGCAGGCAAACUACCUAGGCCACAGUCCUCAGCCAAGCCAGAACAGUAACGUUGAGCGCGGUCGCCCCGUCAGUCGCGAUGGUCACGCAGGCGUUGGCGCGAACGGACGAAGCAGAAGUCCGCAGCCCAUGCAGCCCUUACCUAUAUCCAGGAGCGCCAGUCCGAUCCUCGCUCAGCAAGCAGUCUCCGGGCUUUCGCACCGCAACAGUUACAUCCAACCGCCCGCUGCUAGCGGAUAUCAGGGUGGUGGCGGAGGCCCUCAACGCGCAACGAGUCCCAACAUUGCGCUCGAUGCCUCUGGUAAGGUAGUGAUGGAUGGGAUGGCGGACCGAUACGCGCAACAGCAGCGGCCUCAACAGCAGCAACCACCACCUCAGCCGCAGUGGAACCAACCUCCUCCACCUCCCCCUAUCCAGAACCCGGCCACCGUGCAGCGCCGCACGAGCUACCAACCGCCCCCUCAAAACCAGCCGCCUUACGGUGGGCCCCCGCCUACUGCCGCUCCCGUUGGCUAUGGCCCGCCACCUGGGCAACAGCAACCACUCCAACGUCAGCCCACAUACGGGCAACCGCAACAGCCGCCGUAUGGCCCUCCGCCGCCGGCACCGUAUCAACAACCGGCACCACCACCUCAACAAGCGGUGUACACGCAACCCCAAAUGACCGGAUACGCUCCACAACAGCCAGCGUUGCAACGGGGCAUGUCGGUCGGGGGAGGAUACUACAACCAGCAGGGGUACGGCCACCAACAGCAGCCUUCCCAGCACUCUACGUACAGUUAUCGUGCCCCCAGUCCCGCGGCGCAGGUUCAGAGGUCGCCGUCACCGCAACCGCCUCCUCAGCCCUCCGCUCAGCAAGGCCCGCCUCCCACGGGGCAAUACACGGAAGACGGCAAACCUGUGCUUUUCUAUGUCAAAGCGCUGUACGACUACCAAGCGACCAUCGAGGAGGAGUUCGACUUCCAGGCGGGCGAUAUCAUUGCCGUCACAGCAACUCCGGAAGAUGGUUGGUGGAGCGGUGAGUUGUUGGACGAGCAAAGACGGCAGCCCGGUCGCACCGUGUUCCCGUCCAACUUCGUCUGCUUGUUUUGAGAGAUUUCGGCCGGUCCGGUGUAUCGAUCUAUCCAUCUAUGACUCUGAUAUCCAAUUCCACCAUCCCGGGCUUCCUUGCUUGUCGGACCGACCAUUAUGCUUCCGUCGAAUUGGUUAGGGGUAUCCCUAGCCGCGCAUGCUGUACCUACCGAUGUCGUUUAGUGCAUGACUGCUGUUGUCCCAGACUGUCGCUUUGCUCCGAUGAUGUUGCGGUCAUCUGUAUGGUUUCCGAAGCGGCCUUGCUUCUUAUUGUACCGCCUCCUAAU